GCGCACGGUUGAUUAACUACUCAACAACUACUGUGGACUACUACAAUAAUAUAUGGAAUAAAUUUAAAAAAAUAACAACAAAACUUUUAAUAUUAAAUUUUUGAUUAAAAGAAUUUCAAAGCUUAACUACAUGAAUUUAUAUAAAACAAUGUUGUAAUAGCGGCAAAGGUUUUUUUAUCCACAAAGUUCUCGCGGUAAUAACGAGAAUAAGAACGAAACCGUCUACGUACAUUUUGGAUUACUUUUACUUUGUGAUGGCAUUUUAAUACACCACCUUUGAUUUGAGUAACGUUGACGUCUAUGAAGCAAAGAUUCAGGAAAAGCAGUAAAGUCCUCUAGUAAAGCUACCAGAAGUUUUUUAACGUUCCCGCCCACUCGUCCUGAUGAUGCCCGUACAACGUGGCCCAAUAGGAAGAAUGUGCAACGAUAACUGAUUAUUAUUACUCUACAUCAGCUCAACGUCGACUCUAAUCAAAAUGAAACAUAAAUCUGGUACAUGACUUCUUGGGAUAUAACUAGAAGGAGAACAACAUCGAUAACAUCAACAUUCACGGACAUGUUUGUUGGCACUUGCUGUUGUCAAAGUGCCAGGUGAAUAUAAUGCCGCAAGAGACUAAAAGUAUGAAGAAUUUUUCGAGGUAAACAGAAAUAAAUUCCAGUAAUUCUUGUGGUGUUUAAUAUAAACAUUAAGCACAAAAACUUAACAAUUCGUAGAGAAAGUUAUAUAGUGGCAGAGACAUAGAGAGAGAGAGAGAGAGAGAGAGAGAGAGAGAAGAGAGACACAGAUAUGUACAAUAAACAACAAAGCCAAAUACAGAUACCGCCGUCAUCGUUAUCAAUGAUACUACAACGUAAACGUUGCAAUGGACAAAUACAUGAGUCGGGGACGUUGUGUGUUUUACUUACUUUAGCCGGCUUACUAUUGGGGAGCUAUGCGAUUUUGCAGGCGUCAGAAGCAACACCCAUUGUUAGUUCAAAAACAAGUGGCCACAAUAAACAAGGACAAGAACAAAAACAAGAGCAACAAGAACAGCAACAGCAAGUGAAUAGUGUAUUGUGUCCUCACGUCAGUUUGGCGAAACUCAUCAAAACAAGUCCAGUAAUACUUAAAGCAUUGGGUGCUCAUAUAUUUACAAACGACGAUGACGAGGACCUACGAGUAUUGCAAAAUAGCAACGAUGCGUUAUUGUUAAAGUGGCAAAAUGAACAAAAUAAAAUCUUAAUGUCAUCAACAGCAGCAAUAGCGUCUCCUCCAGCUCAGACAUUUUUACCCAAUACACUAGGUUUUAGGAAAACAAAAACAUCAUCAAUAUGGUUUACGAACGAUGGUAAGAGUAAUAGAAAGAAUAGGGAACAAACAACGCAAACAAAAGCGCAAACCAAAGCACAAACUUUCAGUGAUGCUGCCAGUAGUCGAGCCGCCAUGCUGGCGUCUCUCAAUGCUGAUGCUAUUUUAAUAACAUUAACACCGGAAACCGUAUAUAAAGGAGCUUCACUGCUGAAAAUGGCACCGGGUGCUGAGCAAGCACAACGAAAUAUGCAGUCAAACUCGGGCCUUGGUACGGAGUCAUCAUACAAUGCGGGCAAUAGCGGUGGCAACAGUACUGGCAGCAUCAAUUCAUCUGAGUCAUCGUAUCUAUACGAAGGACAAUUGAACGCCACUGUACAACCAUUGUCGUGUUUCGAUCAAAAUUUAUUGAAAUUACUGCCAAGUGAAUUAAUUGUGUUUGGUAAAUUGCUUACGGUCAGACAACAACAGCAACAACAACAACAACAAGGAUUAGACGAUUUAUUAUCUCGUCAACCACAGUAUGGGUCAAUAGUUUCGGAGAAUCAACAACAACAACAAAAUCAUCAGCAGAUACAAGCAGCAUCCUUAGGCGCUUUCUUCCCCGCUCCACAAUCGUCUUCCGAAGAUAUAUUGAAAAUCAGCAUAAAUGGUUUACAUCGUUGGAGUGCGCAAUUUGAAAAUUACAUAUGGAAGCAUUUAGGUUGGGAUGACUGGAGUGAUUUUACGGUAUGUAGUGUGGCAUGCGGCAAAGGAGUACAACAACGUUUUCGUCGUUGCCUCUUGGAUAAUCCAAUGGUUGAUUUGAAUAUGGAGCAUUAUAAAGCAAUCAAUAUGAAUGCCGAUAAAGGAGACGCAAAUGAUAGCUUGGUUUUCGAAGACGAUGCCGUGUUUAGCGAGCAACAACAAAUCACUGAAAACGAUGACCUCUCAAUUGAUGAUGGCGAGCACGAGGACGGUAACGAUGCUAGCGAAAUAAGAAUGAAUGGGCGAAAUUUAAUGCGGGAGUUGGCAAAUAAUGUUGUUAUGAGAAAAUCGGAAAUUGUGGCAGACUCAAUACAACAAGAAUUUUCUGCAUUUUCUGGCAUCAUCAGUGUUAACGCUACUAGUAAUACUGAUGAUAUUUUACAUCAUGACCAACAUGUUGCGAAUACGGAUAUGUUGUCAACGAACAACAAGUUAAAAUUACUGAAAUGGGCAAGCGGCGAGGAUACGGCAUCAUCACUAUUUCACAUUAUAGAACCAGUGAAAAGUAAAUCACGUUUAAGUGAUGUUAAGGUCCAACAACAACGACAGCAAAAACAACACGGCUUUGUUGAGGACCAGGGAGUACAGAGGGAGCAAAAUGAUGGAGAACUGGAAGCAAUGCGUUUAUUUGAAGCACAUUUAAAUAGUGAAAGUCAAGAGGAACUGCAAUCGCUAUCAACUCCCAACACAGAUAUGUUGUCAUCGUCUACUAGCAGUGGCACCACAACAAACAGGAAAAAUGCACGUAAACGUAAACGUCACAAAACAACAAAAACAUUUUCUACCAUGUCCUGCGAAGGUUACAAUAUAGAGCAGAGGAAUUGCAACACCUUCGAAUGCAAUGAUGACAUCAAUGAUUUAAUGAAGUUCUAUACUAAGAAGUAUAGUAACAGUGACGAAGCGAACGGUGCAUCUUCAAUGGCAUCGGAAGGAAAUGCCACUCCCACUGAUAACGUACAAAUUCCAGCAAGUUCAAGCAAUGAAAUUACUGGCAAUUUGUUGUCUACUGUUAGCAUAUCUUUGGAAAGGACUAUAGCGAGCGAAAUGGGAGGAGUAGCUUCAGCGUCGAGUAGUGCCCCUGGCUCUAGCACUAGUGUAGGUGGUAUAGCGGCCACAACUCCAUCUAAUAUAGGUUACGUUUUCAGUUGGCGUAACACUUUAAACUUCACCAUAAUGUUAACUUUAAGAGUUAAGAAUGAUAGCAAAGUUAGUAGCAAUGGUGCCACUAGCAGCAGCAGCAGCAGCAGCAGUAGCAGCAGCAGUAAUAGUUGCGGUAGUGGUACUAUCUUCUCCAUACGUAAUGUCACUCACAAUCUGUACUUGGAGUCGUGCAAAGAUGGCUUACGUUUGUAUCUAGAGCGAGACAAAACGACCGAAAUGUUGCCCAUUAAAUUUAAAUUAUGCGAUUAUCAUUGGCAUCAGAUAUCCAUCAGCAUACAAAAUGGCGAUUUUAUUUCAAUUUACGUCGAUUGCUCAUGGACGAACAGUUUUGUUGUUUCCAAGCGAUUAUUUUCGCUGCCGAUAAAUGCGGACGUUGAAAUUGGCCGUGCAUUUUAUGGGGAGUUGCAGCAACUCCUAAUAUUGCCUGACAAUCAAGAACGCCAUCAAUGUUCAAAUAAACGAACGUCCAUUAAUGAAGUGAAGCGUUAUAUAAUCGACACGUUUAUCGAUGACUAUGGCAACUAAAAAAUAUUGUGGAAUUUUCUAUUUUCCUUAUUAAGCUCAAUAAUUGUAAGAAUGACGGGAGAGAAUUGUAAUUAAAAGCUAAACAAAACAAGAAGAAAGAAGUCCGCUUAAGGCGAGAGACUCUUUUUGAGGUGUAACUGAAAAAGCAGAAAGGAAAGAUGUCCAGAAAAAGAUAGGAGGUGAAAAUGAUGAUGUAUAGAAACGAUGCAAAAGAAUUAAUAAUAAUAAUAAUAAUAAUUAGCAAAAGAAUACAAUAAAGAGGAAAAAAUAAUAAGAAAUAAGAAAUCUGUAAAGCUCUUAUACUUUAAUAUGAUGUGAUUAAUGUUUCCUAGAAUGAAUCUAUUUAUAUACAAAUAAAAAUACAUAGUAACAAAAUAAUGCUAUUCGUUUAUCUAUGAGUUAGUGUGAUGUACUUCAUUAUUAUUAGAUUUAAUAGUUCAAAUAGGAAAAGGUCAGAAUAGUGAAACGGUAAAAGGCGAAUCUAAAGGAUCUAAUGGAUUAAGUGUUAAUUUAGUUUGGUCCUUCGUUUGCAAUAAAUUUAUUAUCGUGACACAUGCGAACAGUUCGGCUUGAAGAAGUGAU